CGUACACAGUCAUUGGAACAUCCGUUCAAUGGCUGGUGCACAAGAAAAAUGGUAUUUUACAAAAGAGCAACUACAGAAUUCACCAAGCAGAAAAUGCGGUUUAGAUGCAGAUAAAGAAUUAGCAUAUCGGCAGCAGGCCGCAAAUUUAAUCCAGGAUAUGGGACAGCGGCUUCAAGUAUCCCAAUUAUGUAUAAACACGGGGAUAGUGUACAUGCAUCGCUUCUAUGCGUUCCACUCGUUUACGCAGUUUCACAGAAACGCAAUAGCUGCGGCUGCCCUGUUCCUUGCCGCGAAGGUGGAGGAACAGCCAAGAAAAUUAGAAUAUGUAAUAAAGGUAGCGCACGUCUGCCUCCACAGAGGUGAGGGUGUGAACGCACUCACCUCUGAACAGUACCAAGAACAGGCUCAAGACCUAGUAUUCAACGAGAAUGUUCUACUACAGACGUUAGGUUUCGAUGUAGCUAUCGACCACCCACACACGCAUGUCGUACGGACAUGUCACCUUGUAAAAGCGCCGAAGGAUUUGGCCCAGACGUCAUACUUCAUGGCUUCGAAUAGUUUACAUUUGACGACUAUGUGCUUGCAAUACAGGCCAACGGUGGUCGCUUGCUUUUGCAUACAUUUAGCCUCUAAAUGGAGUAAUUGGCAGAUACCACAAUCGCACGAGGGCAGACACUGGUUCUCGUACGUGGACAGAACGGUGACCACGGACCAGUUGGAGCGUUUGACGGCCGAAUUCUUGCAUAUAUUCGAUAAGUGCCCGUCUAGGCUUAAGAAGAAAAUGAUGACCAUGUCUAAUACAAGCGGCAGUUCUCCGAGCGCGCCGCACCCGUCCAACUCGAUGGCGAACUCACCAUUCGAUAGGAAGAAGCAAGAGCACACGCUUGCCAACAGUGAUGAGAUUGACAAAUCCUUUGAUAAAGAAUAUGAACGUGAGAGGCGUCGCCAACAACCACCAGGCGGUUACGUGCCGGCGACGUCACAACCUAACCAGCCGCCACCGCAAAAGAUAGACUUCAACCUGUACCGAGAGAAAAGGGAGAGAGAGGAGAGAGAGAGACGGCAACAGGCGAUGCAGAGGCAGCCGGGCAACCCUCAACCCCCCUCCCGGCCGAACCCACCCCCACCCCACCCGCACCCGGCCAGCGCGCCCGCGGACGACGCGCACAAGCACAAGAAGGACAAGAAGAAGAAGGAGAAGCACAAGCACAAGGACCGCGACAAAUCCAAGGACGAGAGGAAGAAACACAAAAAGGACAAGGACAAGAAGAAGGAGCCGAGCCCGCUCGCGGAGGACGGCACCAUCAAGAUAACGAUACCGCGCGAGAAGCUGUCCAGCCCGGGGCUGAAGAUAAAGAUCCCGAAGGAGAGGCUGGCCGCGCCGCCGCCGCCGCCGCACGCCUCGGGGCUCAAGAUCAAGAUAUCCAAGGAGGUUCUGGACGCUUCCAGAAAGCGCUCCAACGCGGAGCUCGCCGGCCCGCCGCACAAGCUGGCGCGGCACGAGACCCCCAAGGUAGGCAAUUGGACUGUCCCACCCCCUUACAGGCCGCCGCUGCCCUACUACAUGGUGCAGCCGCCGCCGCCGCUGUACUACGGCCUCAUGGACGGCUACUUCUACGGGCCCGUGUUCCAGCAGCAGCAGCAGCAGCAGCAGCAGAACCAGCCGCCGCUGCCCUCCGUGCCGCCGCCGGCCGUGCCGCCGCCGCCGCCCGAGUGACCGGCUGUUCAACUGGAAUAUAGCCGCUCGUUUCACUGGAAUGUAGACGCUUAUUCCGCUGGAAUAUAGCCGCUCGUUCCACUGGAAUGGAGCCGGGUGUUCCGAAUUGCGUGCACGUGUAACCGAUAGCACUGAUGUCGUUGGAGUAGUCGGUGGUUCGAAGUAGUCGUCGGUCUUACGUGGAUGAACAAAAGUUAUUUAAAUUAUUAAAAAAAAUUAAAUUUUUGCAAACAACAUUAUUCAAGUUGUGAGUCGCAGUACUAUCUUCGAUUGGCGUUAGUGUAUGGGCUAUUUUUAAAUAAUUUACAUGCAAUUGACAAAUUCGAACUAGCGAUUAACUCAGCGAUAUGUUGAUGGACCAUUCAAAUAAUACUCUUCAGUCCGAAUUUAUUAAAUUAUCAACGAUGUAAUUGUAUCGACGCUUGAAAAACGAAUUUCCUUCAAAUUUACAUUAAUAUAUAAAAAAAAAAUAUACAUACAAUAAAAAAUACUUUGUCGUUUUGGAGAGAAAUUUUAUUGAUGGGAAUUCAUAUAUUGAUAUAGUUCAACUAAUUAGGGCAGUUACCGUGACGUUGUUAAGCGGUACUAAUUUCAGUAUGUGAAAGAGAUGGACGAACUAUAUUAUAUAGCGCUUUCUUUUUCCCACACUGGAAUUAGUACUGAUUUAAAACGUAGCGGUAAUACCCCUCCAGAUGUUUUACCAUUCCUAUAUAGGUUUGACGUAUUGUCUAGUAAAAAUUAUUGUAAUACAAAUAUAGUUUUUUUAUAUUUUUUUUUAGUUGAACUGUAAAGUAAAUAGUUAUAAUUAAUUAACUGGCGUACUUUUGUAUCGGCCGAUUGUGACCUGGUUAAAAUAUCAUUUUAGACACUAGAUGCGCUAGAUUUUUUUAGGUUUAUUUUUAUCGUUAGUACUUGCUUUUUAAAGAUGUUGACUAUGUUGUGUCCUCUACUGUAUUGUAUUCUUAUUUUUGUUAUCUAUAUAGAUAUUUAUUUUAUUGUUUUGGUUUAUAUAUAUUGGCUUUUAUUUACUAUUGAUUUUUUUAAAGUCAUUUUGAAAUUUAUGAAUAAAAAACUACAAAUAAUACAGGGUAUGAAAAUCACGAAUAAAAGUGUCAUUUUUAUUAUAGAUAAAAAAAUCCUUUCUGUUUUUUAUAUGUUUGUAUCUAAAAUCUUAUCUUAAUAACAAUUUUUUUCAUAAAAUUGUAUUUAUCUUUUUCUAUAGCGCUAAAAUUAAUACUAAAAAUUAUCGAUUUAUGAUAAAAAUAACGCUUUUAGAAAAUAUAUUUACAAAAAUUAUCGAACUUUUCCUACAAUAGACGUACCAUAGUUAUGUCUAUACACUAUUGUUACGUAAUUGUCUAUGAAUGUUGCUUGUUGUCUUCUACCAGCUAAUUGAAUUUAAAAUUUGAAUUUUUCUAUACAAAAUAAUCAUUAUAUUCGAUGCAACUUAGAAUAGGAUCAAUUUGGCGCCAUUUUGUAACGUCAUCAUAUGUAUUCAUUCAAGCGACUUAAAAAUCUAAGUUAAGAAGUGAAGUUUGUAUUAGAAUUUGAAAUGUUAGUUUCUGGAAAAAUGUUUAUAAGCACUAUUGAUUUGCAAAAAAACGAUUUCUAAGUUGAAUCGUUCUUUUCAAAUGGCACUUGAUACAAAAUCGCCACGUAUUACACAUUCCUAUUCUUAGUUGAAUCGCAAAGUACCUAUAAAUUAAACAAUGAAUGUCUAUUUAUACACUAGGAUAUUUAAAAUAUUAUCUAUAUUGCAUAUUAUGUAACUUUUUUGUUCUAUUAUCUAUAAAAUGUAUAUAUAUGUAUAUAUAUAUGAAAAAAAUUAAACAAAUGUUCCGUCUUUUCGAAUAAGGGUUAAUGUCAACAGAAACUUAAAUUCGACAGAAGUUAUGGCUCAUAAUUCUUUCCUUAUAUUCUAAAUAAUUUUAUCGAAAUGUUGGUGCUUUCUUUUAACUCUAGUAAAAAAAAAUAAUUAUAUUGAAUUUAAAAUACAUACAUAAAAAAACGAUCUGUUUUGUUUGUAUCUUAAUAUUAUAAUGUUUAGUUAGAUGCUAGCUUUUAUAUAUUUAAUGUAAACGAAGCUCAUACUGCCAUUACUACGUGUAAAUAUAAUAAUAUAUUUUUUCUAUUCGUGUACAUUUGUAUGUAAAUAUUAGAUUAGGUCUAUUUAUAUAAUAUAAUAUAGAACGCAUUACCAUGUAAGCUUUAAAUAAUUAUUAAUGCUAGUUUUAUUGUUUGCUCAAGAAAUUGGGGCGUUUCUGUGAGAGUGGGUGCUCAAACAAUCGUUUUAGAAUUCAUUUUUUCCGUUGUGCUAUCUCUGUGUCUCGCCUAAUAGAUAACUGUGCUAGAGCGAGAUGGCUAAUGUAUCUGUCUCCUUUCAGUAUAUUGUAUUUUGGUGUCAUAGAAAGAGACAGAGUAACGAUAGCCCAAAAGUGAAUAUGGUCGGUCAGUUAUAUUGUAUUUUAUAUUUUACAUCAUGUACAUUAUUAUUCUUUUAACUUGUGGUAUAUUCAAUUUUGUUAUUAAUUGAAUGAUUGUAUUAUAGGACACCUCAAUUUGUAUUGAGUAAUAUUAAAAUGUUAAAAAUUUAAUUUAGCCAAGACGCUCUCUUGUAAUAUGGAAAAUAACUGUCCGUAAGUAAAAGGAAUAGUAAUGAUGGAUCCACACGAUCAAUUGGCAUGAUGCAAUAGGUUUGAUCAAACCAAUAUUUGUCAAACACCGAGCGGAUCAAAUGUUUUGUUAAGCAUUUUUUUAAGCAUUUUCUGUACUUUUGUAUCUUCCUAUUUGUUUAUAAUUCAGUUAAUACCUCGGUGAAAACUGUCUAUGAAAGUUUAUCUUUGUUAGUAUCAAAUGUUAUAUUUUUUAUAUGAAUAAAUAGGGAAUUUGACCAUUGACGAAACCGACAAAAAAUAUAUCAAAUCAAAUAAAGCUAUAUUAUAACAUAAAGAAUAUAUUAGUUAUUUUUGUAUAGAAUUUAUGGAAACAAAUGAUAAGAAUUCAUUUGAACGAAAACGUACGUUCAUUGGGUAAAAUUAUAAAUUUUAUCAACGGUUAAAUACCUCAUGGCGAAGGUUUUCGUCUAUAUGUAGUACCUACAUAGUUGUUCAACGGAAAAAGUCCUAUACAUUAUUCAUAGAAUCAUAGAUCAAUUUAAGAACCUCAUCACAUAUAAUAUAUAAAAUACUUGAUCAUUUUUAUAAUUAUAAAAUCUAUAUUUUGUAAAAAAAAUGGACCAUGACCAUUGACGAACCAUAAACAACUUGUACUCUGUCGCCGAAAUAUGUCCAACCGGCAUCGUAUAAAUCAUUCAUUGAAAUGAAAACCUUGUUUCGUUGCAGUAAUGUUCAAAAUUCAUUGUAUCGCUCAUAAGUAAACUCUGCCUAACACUCUUGUGGGCAGAGAUUUGCUCGGGACAUUUUUUGGAGUGCGACUGAAUGAAGUUGUUUGUUGUAUACCAAUGAUGGUCACUAUAAAUAUGCAAAUAAUGACUCUAUAUACAAAAAAAAA